CUUGCCUCCUACGCUUUAACCGGACGGUUCCUCUUCUUCCAUUUUCCUUUUCAUUUCCAAUUUUCGCUCUCCGUCUCUCUGUUUCUUUUUUUAAUUUUAUUUUUUUAAAAUAAGAAUAAUUAUAAUUAUUUUAUUUUAUUUCUUAUGUUUCUCUUUCAUCAACGAUGUCGCGAAAAUCGAGAAGAGUAAAAAAAAAAAAAAAAGGAUUUAUAUUUUACCAAAAUAAAUAAUUAAAAAAGAAAUUCUAGGGUUUCCAAUUCCCUCUCUCCCUCUCUCUCUUUUUUUUUUUUUUUUCUUUUUUUUUUUUUGUUCUCUCUCUCUCUCUUCGACUUCGAUUUUUCUUCCCUCCAAGCACACGCACAGCUUUAAUUUUUACCCGACAAAAGCUCCGUUUGGUGGUCGAUUGCUGGUUUUUUUUUCUUUUUAGAUCCUUAGUUUUCUCUGGAAAUUAUUUUUUUUCCCGGGAAAAUUUUGUCUCUAUUCCCAGCUAUCGACGACCUUCUCCUCCUGCUCUUAAUUCGUCAAGUUCUUUCAAGGAGUUUUUCUCUGCGUGUGAUUUGUUAUAGAGAAAAAGUGGGGAACAAAGAGCUGGUGGUUGGAGUGAAGGAAGAGAGGGAAAUUUUUAUUGAAGGUUUCAGAUUCAAGGAGAGAGGAAUUCCCGGGCUCCAAAAUAAAAGUCCUAGGUUGUUGAUUUGUUUCCCCUAGUCGAAUUGGUCUGUUUGAAUUUUGAUGAUCUUAUAUGGAUUUGGAAGCGUUUUCAUCUUCCAGAAAUUUGGUAAGAUGUUGUAAUUGUGGGUGUAGCUGUUCAUUGAUAAGUGGUUCUUCAACAUCUUGGCUUCGGUCCGUGAAGAGAAAAUAUGAUGAGUUUGAGGAUGGGAACCGUUUCUUUAUACCAGGAUUUGAUUUUUCAGUUGCACGGGUCCAAAUUGAGAAUGAGUGUGCUGCACUCCGUGAAGCACUUAGUAGCCAACAGCAAACAAUACAAGAUUUGUAUGUGGAAUUGGAAGAGGAGCGAAAUGCAUCCUCAUCGGCAGCAAAUGAGGCUAUGUCGAUGAUACUGAGGUUGCAAAGAGAGAAGGCGGAGAUCCAAAUGGAAGCUCGACAAUUCAAGCGUUUUUCCGAGGAGAAGACAGCACAUGACCAACAGGAGCUUUUGGCGUUGGAAGAUUUGUUGUAUAAAAGAGAGCAAAGCAUCCAGUCGCUCACUUGUGAAGUGCAAGCUUAUAAACAUAGGAUGAUGAGUUACGGACUCACAGAAGGUGAGGCAGAGGGUGAGGGGGGCAGACCGAGCAUGGUGGAAUAUGAUGCCCAAUAUGAUCUCCCAACAUAUGAAUACCCACCUUUGAAAUGCAAUCUUAAUGAGACCCAAGGUCAGUUUGAGGGUGAUGAUGAUGCGGCAGAUAUUGAGAAAUAUGCAUUUGGUGAGACCCCUCGUGAUCACUUGAAAAAUUUGGAAAAUAGGAUUUACCAGAUGGAGAGAAGUCCGAGCAACAGUCAUAUCGAUGGGGACUUUUCAAGUUCCAAAAACAUUCUAGAAAAGGUUGUAGUUGGUCAUUCACCAAAGCUGUCAAGACAUAGAUAUUCGAUUGAUUCCACACCGCAUAUAGGGGUGCUUAGAGAAACUGGCCCCGAUCUCACAGAUUUUCCCACUACCAGUUUCAAGAAGACAGAAUAUGUAACACAUUCGGAGGACUCUAGCAUGAGGAAAUUAGAUACUGCAUCAGAAAUUGGAGAUGACAUGAGUGAUAGAGUUUAUACCAUUGACUCCAUCCAUAAUGGGGCACCUCACAAUGGUUUCAACGAGCCUAAAUCUGGAGUUGGGAUUGGUGAGGACUAUGUAACCACUCCAAGAGAGACAUUGAAUUCUGGUGAUGUUGGGGAUCCCGAAAUCAAGAAGCUGUAUAUGAGGCUUCAGGCACUAGAGGCUGAUAGGGAGUCAAUGAAGCAGGCAAUGCUUUCUAUGCGGACAGACAAGGCUCAGCUGGUAUUAUUGAAAGAAAUAGCACAGCAUUUGUGUAAGGAAAUGUCACCAGAAAGACAAAUGAUUGUGAAGAAGCCAUCUGUUGUGGGAAGCUUUUCCUUCAUGUCAGUUUUUAAGUGGAUCUUGUCCUUCGUUUUCUGGAGAAAUAAAGCUCGACGUAGCAAGUAUAUGUUUGGGCUAUCAGCCAACAGUAUGGGUUUGCUGAUGCUUCUGGACAAGGGACCCCACGUGAGACAUUGGAGAUGUCUUACAAAAACCCAAGUGGGAAAAUAGUCAUCAAACAUCCGUAUCUAUUUGAAACAAAACCAAUGGCUCAAAUAUACGGACACCUUGUGGAUUUUGAUCAGACUACGUUUAGAUUUUGCAUUCUUUUUCCUGGAUUGCUUGUUGGUGCAUAACUGGGUGUUUUGUGCAGUAUUCAAUUUGAUAUUCUUCUUGGGUUUGAUUGUAUUUUGCCAGUUGGUUUGUAAAAAACAUGGAAGCGAUUUAGGCAUGCUUGCUCUCAUACUCCAGGUCUUUUCAAAGUCCUCUCUCUUGUACAUUACAGAUCUUGUUCCACUCAAAAAUGCAAUGCCCAUUCUUUUUUUCUCAUUCA